AUGAAGCCACAUAGUGAUAAUGACAUUUUAGUAUCUAACAAGGAAGAAUUUAUAUAUUUCUUAAAAAUAUUAAAUCAUAUUGGAUUCUAUGAUGAAAUGGUUUCACUAAUAAAACGGGUGAACGCGAAAAGUUACAAUUUAAAUUAUGCAGAAUCACUACUAAUGGGAUCCACAUUUAAAAAUGCUUUAAAUGUUAGAAGAAAGGAACAAACAGUACUGGAAAAUAUAAUAACAAAUAAAGAAUCCACUGCAGAAGAAAAAUAUUGUGCUGAACUGCUAAAAUCUAAAUUAAAUAAAGAUAUAAGAUCCAUAGAGAAGAACACAUACACGGUCAUUAAAACAAAAUAUAUUCCCAAGACGGCUGAUGAAAAAAUAUUAAUGUUUUAUUGGCAUUUACUUGGGGAUAUGACCAGAUAUUGUGCAGAUACAUAUAUUGAGGAAAAAAAAAAGAAGAUACAGGAAAAAAGUUUGCAAUCAUAUACUAGAGCCUUAGGAUAUGCAAAAAAAAUGAAGAUGCCCCCAUCCAGCCCAAGAAUGUUGGAACUUUUAGUUAGCUUAACAGUUCUGCGCAAAGAUAUGGAUACAGACAUUAAUAUCUCUAUAGAAAUGGCAGCACAGGCAUUUAGAGAUGCAAUUCAAAAUAUGCAUCUUCUAGAAAACGAUGAUGAAUGCUCCAAAACGAUUGGUAUAUUGGGUAUACUACGAGACAACAUAAAUAAGUGGUGUGAAAUUAGCGGAAGAAAAAAUGUAGAUGCAUUAUUUGAAAUUAAAGGAGAAAACUUGGAUAAAUACAGAAGUAUUAUUUAUAGCAUCCACUCAUAA